ACACUUAUUGUAUCGGAGACUUUGAGCUUGUAGUUAUGGUAGCUCCAAGAAGGUCGUCACGGGCUAACAAAGGCCAACACUCUAUGCGUGAAACCACAAGGUAUAUGAGCGAGGGAAGUGAAAGUGAUGAUGAUUCGAAAAUCGUCACCGAAGCUCCCAUUGACAUUUCAGAUGACGACGAGUACGUUGAGAGUAAGUCCACUAAAAGAGCCGCCGCCGACGAUUUGUUGGAGGAGGAUGAUCUGGAUAUCAACGAAGUGGACAAUCUAGACACGCCUGCCCCAGCUACUGCCGUUCAAUCCCACAAAAUACCUAUCAAAAGACAGAAAACCUAUGCGGGUUCCACUACCUUAAAAGAUAAAGUCAGAGCCAAUGUUGCCAAAGCAUUUAUGAAUGUCUUGAAAACUCAACUCCCCGACGACUACAAAGACGACGGUGUUUCUUCCAAAGAAGAUGUUGCUCUAAAGUGGUCUAUGAGUAUUGAAGCUGCUAUCUUCAACGUUUUCCCUCAGAAAGACAGACACUACACUGAUAAAAGCAGAGGAAUUAUGACCUUGUUGAAGAAACCGAAUGUGUUGCAAAGAUUGAAGGAAAAAACAUUGACAUUCGAGAAGUUGGUGGCAUCGUCCCCCGAGGAGAUUGAUGACGACUUGAAGAAGUAUGCCGAGAAGGUCAGACAAGAGUCAAUUCGUCGAUCGGUGUUGACAUCCCAUGAAGGCCAAAGAAUCAGGAGAACCCACAAAGGGGAUGAAAUUGUUGAAGACUUUAGUGACACUCACAGGCAAGAAGAUAACGAUGUCAGCAUUGUGUCUAAAUCUGUGGAUCACAGAAGAUUUGAAGAUGCUGAAGCAGAGAACGCUGGUGAUGAUGGUGCUGCUGCAAAAGAAGAAACCCAAGUGGGUGCAAAGGUCUAUAGCUACAGCACCGCGGGCUUGGAUGACGACGACGAUGCGUAUGGUGGUUCUGACAAUGAGUCAGUGGAAAGUGUUGGACAGGGCGUUGGAAGUCCUGAUUUGGAUGAAGAUGCUGAGUUGGACAAGAUCUUGCAAGAGCCCAAACCUAAAGCUGAUCCUCCACCUCCUCGUGUAGAAGUCAAACCAAUGAAGUCUGCUUUAAAGAAAUCGUCUCAACUCCCACCUACAUUAUCCACUAACAUCUGGGAAGGAAGGAUCACGUUCCCAGACUUUACCACUUUCACGGCUAAGGCCCAGUACAUUUCCUCCUCAAACUAUCAUAUCCCUAGAACCCCUUUGGAUGUGAAGUUCCAUAACAACUGUAUCAAUGUCUCGAAAGAGAUUUUUGCAAAGCCAUUUUACGAUAUUGAAGGUAGACUUGACAGGGUCAGAGCAGACCCCUACUUAAAGGAAGUUGUCACCAGCAGGGAUAUCUACUUGUUCAAACUUACACCUGUUGACGAGUUUGAUGACUACGACAAGUUGUUCAACUAUCUCUUGUCUCGGGCCAAGGUGGGAGUUUUAUCAGGUAAACCUCAUUUCGCUAAAGAUGCGUAUGUGAUUGCGUUGGACAACAACAACGUUCCUCCAUAUUUGAGCAACUUUGAAGAAUUUCAUGAUCGAAGGGGUUUGUUUGCCUUGUAUGUGGUUAAAAAAGACUACGUCCUGGCGAAAGGACAAACCAAACCGCCACCCAGAAGCGUCAAAAUUGAUGCUCCACCAAAGGCUUCAGAAGUCCAAGCUCCAAAACAGCUGCAAGAGCCCUCUAUAUUAGAUUCAAUCUUAAGUAAAUUGGGAGGACCAGCUGGUGCUCCAUCUUCAAACUCAGGUUCAGGUCCCAACCUUCCACCUAAACCUACUUUUCAAGCACCUACAAGCCAGCAAAUUGACGGUAUGAAUCCCGCUGCGCUCACACUGGAUCAGAUGGGAUUGCUCUCAAGUAUAGUUCUGCAAAACCCGCAGGUACAAAGUAAUCCUCAGGCAAUGCUAGAUAUAUUGACACAACAGCAACAGCAACAGGCCCAGCAACACCGUCCUAAUGGCUACUGAUAGGAUCCCUUUACGGAUUAACGACCUCAUGUACUACUACCUCUCUUCGUGACGUGUAUAUUCUUGUAUAAUACCAAUAACACCUUGAAGAAAUGGCCUCGUUAAUCUGAGUUUAUAGUUAAAUAAAAAGAUAUUUCGCGA